AUGAACUCUGUGGCACCCACCCAGGCAGAUGUCCUAGCUUUUCCAAAAUUUUUCAUUGAAAAUGACAGCCCUAUUUUGGAGAAUGUCUCUGAACAUACUCGGGUGGCCAUAAUCACCGUGUCUGUCUCACCUCCCGCCUCUCUGAUUGGAGAUCCAGUUAUCAUUAAUGCCGACCCUGCAGUCCAUCCAUUUGUGCUGUCUCGUCGAUCCACACAUCAGUGGGAUUUAUUGACCACUGGCGUCCCCAGGCUGGACUUCGAGACGGUGGCCCUCUACUCCUUGGUAAUCUAUGCCAAGGAUAGCCGAGGGGCAGCCGCGGCCCUGACCGCCUUGGUCCAGGUCGCCGACGUGAACGAGCCGCCUGCCUUCAGUGGAGCCCUGGCCCGCAGGGACCGAGUUACUGAGAUUUAUAUCCUGGAAGACACUGCCCCAGGCACAGUCAUUUACAGAGCCUCGGCCAAGGAUCCAGAGGAUGCCAUUUUGGAGUACUUCCUUUCCCCAGAGGGCUCUGGCUUCACAAUCGACAGCCUCGGAACAAUUUCUACAACAGCAGCUUUUGAUUUCGAGAGGGAAGCUAGAAGUUUCUCGCUAGCUAUUAAAGUGGUUGAUCCUGGAGGACUGUUCACUGCUGGGAAUCUAAAGAUUUUCCUCAUCAAUGUCAACAAUAAAGACCCAGUUCUCAACUGCAGUUUAUUCAGUAUUGAAAAUGGUGUCUUGAGUGUUUCAUCUGUAACGUCAACUCUGCACAAUAAAGUCAGCAUCACACUGGAUGAAGAAAUCCCAGUUGGGAAAACGAUUGGGGUAUGCCAGGCAACCGACGAAGAUCAUCUGGGAGAUUUAACCUUUGGGCUAGAUCCAUGGAAUGGUUACUUUGCAGUUGACAAAGAGCAGGGGACCGUGGUCACGGCUGCCCGCCUGGACGUGGAGAGAGCUGGCUUCGCGCGUGCUCAGGCCUUCGCCAUCAAGGCUUGUGACCGUGAGCAGCGCUGUGCAGCGAUCCCGGUGACGGUCCAAGUCCGCGGCAUUAAUGACAAUGCCCCCUUCUGCGAUCAGUAUCUGAUCAGGUACACAGGCAAAGAAGUGAUUGCAAAUAAUACAGUAGUUUCAAAACUCUUGUGCCACGACCUUGAUGAGCCUCCUGACACCAUACAUUAUGCUCCAGGCUCGGGGCCCAUCGGCUCUGGGCAGCUCUUCAAGCAAGUGCCAGAUGCUGAAAAUUGUAUCCAGGUUGCUAAAGCAAUGGAUUAUGAAGACCCAGAGAUGAUUGCAGCUGGACAUAUCUAUGAAAUGACAAUUUCAGUGUUUGAUGACCCACGUCCCUCCCAUACGGUAACUGUGACGAUCAUUGUACAGAUUGCCCCGGCCAACGAUUUCAGCCCUGUGUUUAAAGCCGCGCACUACACAUUCUCCGUUCCGGAAACAUCAGGAGCUUUCUACAAAGUUGGAAGAGUGACUGCCAUUGAUGAAGACCACCCACCAAACUGUGUCACGUACAAAAUAACCAGUGGAGACAUUCAGGCUAUACAAAGAUUCUGGAUUCACCCUGUCUCUGGAAUGAUUGAGCUCACCACACAGCCCGACUACGAGACUGUGAGUCAGUAUAACCUCACCGUGGAAGGUGUGGACUGUGACAGAUCGCAGCCUCGCACAGCAAGGACCCUGGUCACCGUAGACAUCGAAGAUGAAAAUGAUGAAGCACCUGUCUGCACACCCUCUCUAUAUAAGGCCGUCAUUUCUGACAAUGUUGUUGCUGGGACAAAUGUCAAUGGCUUCGAACUAAACUGCCACGACAGAGAUUCACAAGAUUUUGAAAUGCGCUUUGAGAUAGUUUCUGGAAAUGAGAACAAUCAUUUUGGAUUUGACCCAACUCGAGGCUCAAAUACUCCAAAGUUAAUUGUGAGGAAUCCUUUUCACUUCGAAUCCGGAGCUGAAUUGCAGCCGCAGCACCAUCUUCUGGUCCACAUCAUCGACGACAACCUGAGAGACGGCAAAGCCACCAAGCCCAGGACAGGCACUGCUGUUUUAGACAUUUAUGUGACAAGGGCCAACGUGCCGCCUCCUCCAACCACCAGUUCUGAACAAAGAAAAGGCCUGACCAUUGUGUACACAGCCAUCAACACGUACACAUCCAGUGACUGGUCCAUUCCUUUCAUCUUCACUCUGAUGGCUGUUUUCUUUGCCGGGCUGGUUUCCUGGGUGUGUUUCCUGCUUUGGAGAUACGGAAACACUAUGGGAUGCUGUCGGAAAACGGCCAAGGAAGUCUCCAAGCCCAAACCCAAGUACGAGAUGUUUCUUUCUAAGCUUCUGAUGGGAAUAAAGUAUAUUGCAGUCUCCGGGAACAUGUAUGAAUUUAACAGCAGAACAGGCGCGAGAAGGUGGCAGCGGGAGGCGGCCUCGGCGAGCACACGCACCCUCCCGGAGGCCCGCCCUUCUCGGGAGUCCGUGUCCUUAAAAAUCCCCACGCAGGACUAG